AAGGUGCAUUCACCGACACAUGUACAUGUACAGAGACGCCCAAUGCAUAUGUAUGUAUGUAGGUAUGUAUGUACACACGACGCACCAACCGCAGACGCGUGGCCCUCCAGAUCUAGGCAGCAAAGCAGCGAUGGAUCUAUAAAAGACCUCUCUUCUUCAUGGCCACACACACAUCACAACAAAAUUCGCAGAUGCACCGGUCACCCCAUCCCCAUGGUAGCGUCGGUCGGCGGCACACGCACUGAGACAGCGAGGUAGCUAGUCGACAUAAAGAAGGAAACGUACACAAUGCAAUGCAUCGAGGGCUCAAAAAGCCAUAAAGGCUGCCUCUGGGGGACACGAACCGAGAGCAACGAAACUCUUAAAUCCAUCAAUUGCCCCACCCCCCUGCCGUCGUCUGUCUGCCAUGAUACAGCAUGCUGGCCGUCGACAUAUGUAUUCGACCACACCACAGCCCCACCAUAGCACCCACCCCACCACCAGCACCCACAGUGGUCGAUCCAUUGUCACGAGAAUAUGGCCGGGCUCCAGCCGGUGAAGGCCUCACGACACAGGGGGCACUGGCGAGGCUGCAUGGUCUGUGCACAUUGCAGGCAGAUGCAGAAGUGGUUGCACGGCCGCAGCACCACCGACCGCUCCCUCUUCUGGCACACUUGGCAGUCGGUGGCCUCCUCUCGGGCCCUCUGGUUGCUCUGCUGCAUCUGCUGGAGCAUCUGUUGACGCAACUCGGCCUGCAUCUUCUGCUGGGCGGCCUGCUGAGUCUUGACGAUGAGCGAAUUCAGCCGGGAUUGCUCGUUGGUAAGUGCCGUCUGUCGGUCGACCAGCUGCAUGGCGAAGCCGCUCAACUCGUCUGCAGUGGUCAGGCCAUUGAAGGUCUCACUCAACCUGAAUUACACACAUCAUUACAUCAAAGGGCAUGCACUGGUGUCGCCCGCCUUUGUGUGAUUGGGUACUGACCUGUCGAUUUGAAUGCUGCGUAGCUCAUCAAUGUCGGCCUGCAGCGCCCGGUUCCCCUCGGUGAGACUGCUUGAGCGACAGACACAAAGGGAGAGAGAUGCGUGACGAGGUACGUUGGCUGCCUGUCGGCUACGCACCUGGCGAUCUCCUGCGCCUGGGAUGUGUUCUGCUGAGUGAGCGACGCCUCCCUCUCAGCAGCAGCCCUGAUAGGGCGAACGACACACACGCACACACACACACACACACAGACAGUUCCGUCCCAUUCAUUGCGGUGUGGGUGAGUGAGUGCUGUGUGGCUGACUGACCUCUUGUAUCUGUCAAAGUGGUGUUGGAGCUGCCCCAUCUCGGCCGCCUGCUGCUCACGGAGAGACCUCUCGCGAUCGAUGUCACUGAAAGCACUGACACAGAGAGUGAGGUGCAUAUGACCUUGUUUGCCUCCUGUGUGUGUGAAGCUACCUGGUGAGCCGCUGGUGCUGUUGGCUGAGCUGCUGGCGGUGGGCCUCAUUGGCUCGACGCAUAUCGGCCUGGAGCCGCUCGUUGGCCGCCAGAGUGUCGGCGACGGUCUGCUCGCCCACCAUCUGAGCCUCACGCAAACUGCAGACGGCAACAAAGGAGGGAACAGUCAGUUGGAUGGAUGCACCGAUGCAUGUGUACCGCUCGCUCUCCUGACGGGCCGCGAGGGUCUCCUGACGGGCCGCAUGAGUCUCCUGCUUGGCCGCAUGAACCUGAUGCUGGAGGGCGGCCUCCCUCUCGAUCGACUCACGCCUAUAGCCCGACAACGCAACCACGGUGGUGAGUCCCUCCCGCCGUUCGUUAUUCUUCUCUCACCUCGUCGCCUCGAUCUGCCGGUCUCUGCGCAUCAACUCGGCCUCGAGCUCAGCAACCCUGACAAAACCAGACACACCAUCACUGUGUGCCCACACCCCAUCAAUCGCCUCACCUGGCCCGCAUCGCCUCGGCCUCCUCUCCACCACCCACACGCCCAUCGUCACCGUGCCCCGCUGCGCCCCCAUCGGUCUCUCCAGCACCCUGGCCAGCCAGGCCAUCGCCGCCACCAUUCUCUUUUACACCAUCAAGCGACAGCAGGCCAUCAAACUCAUUCCCGCCAUCGGCCAGCGGGGGCAUUGAAGGAGCCAUCGGAGGAACCAGAGGCUCACUGACAGCACUCACGGCUGCACAAGCACCAGCAGCGACAGCUGGGCCAUGGAGGGGGCUGCUCGACGGCUCGCUGUCCACGUGCUCGAGACCACCAUCCGCCUCUCCCUCUCCCUCCUGCACAGAUGGGUUGCCGUCUGCCGCAAUGGAUGGCGCUGCUGCUGGGGCGGAUGGGAGAGGGCCAGCCGAUGCAGCUGGGGCAGCUGGUGUCUUGUUCUUGUGUCGCUUCUUCUUCUUGGCCUUCUUGCCGCCCUCGCCCCCCUGCUGCGCUGCCUCACCAUGCUGCUGCUGGUCCUCAUCGCUGGAGAAGUCAACCCCCAGAGCCUUGCGCGCCGCCCGAGCACGCGCCUCGGCCCGCUUCAGCCGCUCCUGUGCUCUCGUGUUGUCCUUGGGCGGCUGGUCGCCUCUCUUGCUGUCCUUCUCGGCCUGGCGGGCGGCCCGCUUCUGCAUGAUGUCGCGUUUGUGGCGCAGCUCGUCGCGUUUGCUCUCGAAGCGGGUCGGCUGCCGGCCCUUGCUGGUGCGGGGGUCCUCCUGAUGCGACUCGGCGGUGCCAGAGACGAAUUGCGACUCAGGGAACUGAGCUGCCAUGGCGUUCCGCAGCACCUCUGAACGACGAAGUCAAAGGAAAGGCGGUGUGCCAUGCGUGUUCGUAUGCGGUUGGUGGUGGCCAGCCCACCGAUGUCCUCGAGCAGCGUAGUUUUGGCGGCGGUGUUCUUGCCGAUCUGCUCCGCGAGGCUGGUGAUCUUGCUGUCGAUGUCGGCAUCGGCGGCGGCCGGCUUGUCCCUCUGGGCCUCGAGGUCGUUGAGCUUGGUCUGCAGCGUCUGCAGCAGCUUCUCGAGAACGGCAAGCCGCUUGAGCUUCUUAUCCAAAGCCUGAACACACCAAUGAUUGACACAGUGACCAGUCGAACUUGCUGUAUUUUCAGGCACGCAUGCUCGAACUUGUGAUCCACCCCGUUGGAGCACCAGCCUGGCGGCUUCUGCACAGAACAAAUCACAGCAAUGAGGCUAUGACCGACACCAGAUGGCUUCUGCCCCCACCGGUCCCUCACUUACCAUUGAGGGCGUUGAGGGCGGUACGCGCUGUAUCGACAUCCUCUUGAGUGAUGUUGUUGAUGGCAGGGUCGUCCUUGAGAGCCUCAAGUCGACUCACACAGUCGGAAUACCGUGUCAGGUCAGCCGGCGUCACAGAGAAGGGGUCUUGGAAAACGUGUCCUGAGACGAUGCCGCGGUCGUCAUGUGACAUGCUCUCAAAAUACAGGGUCAGCAAUGAAAGCCCCAUCGUGGUGAAAGCCUUCCACCACGUGAAGGGGGCGAGAGGGUCGUAGGAGCGCACCAGGACAUCACACAGGUGCUGGGGGAGAUGCGACGAUGGUUCGACAUAGAGCUUGUCGGGCACAAACUUAAGACCUGAACAGACAGCAGGGAAGGGGGGUGGCGCUAGUGUAGCUGGUUGGCUCACCUGUGCAGAUAACUGGCUGUUCGUAGGCGCCUUUCUUGUUGAUCUCUUCGAUCCCGCAAAUGACGGCGACUAUGUAGUCCCUGUGGGGCACAUCUGCACCGGUCCACAGGCACAACCAAGUAGUCGCACGAGCUGGCAUGCCCUCCCUGCACGUUCACGUACCUCUGAGGUUCAGAACGAAUGGCGGUUUGCUUCUGGCCUCCUUCUCCUUGGCCUGCAGCCCCUCCUCCCUCCUCUCCCGUGCUGCCCUCCGUCGGUCCUCCUCAGCUGCGUCAGCCGCCGGCGGCAGGCGGGCGUCAUCGGCCGCCCACCGACGCUCCUUGACCACACGUGCGGCUCGGAGCUCACUCUCACGCUCAGCAUAGGCCCUGGUGACGGCGCCAUGCACCAAUGACGCAAAGUCGCCACUCGACAGGAACUGAUGGCUGAUGAGCUUGCCCAGCGGCUCGGAUGCUGCAAAAUGGACACAUACGAAACAGCAUCAUGUAGGCGAAGGUUGCUAGUGGCUUCGUACAUGAGAUAAAGAGGCCCGAUAGUGUGGGAUUCUGCAAUGCGAAUCGGAGGAAGGGCUCAACGGUGUUUGCGGUGGCAGGCAGACCCAGGAAGCUGAAGGGACACGCUCAGCGACAUACACACUCGCAGACACACGAGUGCAUGUGGCCUACUUGAGAGUGCGUCGAUUGGGGUUGGUCAUGAGGCCAGCCGUCGCGGCCGACAUGACUAUGUCCUCAACGACGGGCAGCGACAGCUCGCCAACCAAAUCGAACGACAGAGAGAGCGACGUGCACGCAAUGGUGCCGAAGAGGCGCUCAAGCACUCUCUGCGGACAAGAGAGAUGCCAACAGGGGAGGGUAUCCGCAAGGCUGUCUAAGUGUGGCCAGUGCCUUCCACACCCGCAGUUGGUCGUAUCGAUCGGCUUCGCCCUCAGACUUGGUCAACGCGAUAUUGUACAGAAGAGACUCGGAAGACCUACCACAGAGGCCCUGCAGGCGAUACGACACACACAAGUACAGCCCACCACAUGGAUUCCCCGGCGACCUCGAGCAAGGUUAGAUAGGAAUUGAACGACAUAGCACAUGAUAAGAGUGCCAUUUGCCUGCACACACACAUCACAUGGCCUCAGUGAAUGCUCCAUUUUGCCAUUCUCCGCCGUGAACUCAUACCUGAGUGUCGUGAAGGGCUGUUCUUUCUUGUCCUCCCCCGUGUCGGCCGUCUGCCCCGCCUCGGUCGUCUCCUGUGUGUCCUCCGUUGAGUCUGCCGGCACGGCAGCGGAUGAUGUGCUGUGGGUGCGGGUGAUGUCACACGAUGAUGACGGCGGCGGGGAGGCACUCUCGCUGCUGCUGUCGCCCUUGCCGUAUCCUUCUGGCCGGGCCUUGAGCAAGGCACUCAACCGGUGGGCGAACGCACGGCUCAUGUGGACGCCGUCCAGGCGCAGCUCGAGAAGAGAGGGCACGCGGCCGAUGGCGUCGGCAAGUUGGGCGCACUCGUCAUCAGGCAACUGAGUCAAAUCCGCAUCUGCGCGAGACAAAUGCCUUGACAGUCAGCGGCAACGUGCGCGUUCUCUUGUGACCGGCUUACCGAUCAGUUGGAGCUUCAUGAGCCUGUCGGCCCUCUGGAGGAAGCCGAUGAGGUCGCUGAGGUCAUCGGAGGUCGGCGAGCACUCCCAGUGGAUCAACAAGUCCAACAUCAUGUCGGGUGA